AUGAACAGCGCUGUAGACUCAUUGUUGAUGCGCCUCAAGUUAUCGGAUUUAAUUCCGAAGUUCAAGGAGAUGAAGCUGGAUCGUAUUGUGAACCUGCGCAAGCUGAGUGAAGAAGAACUCCGCGAGGCUGUUCCUGACGAUGAGCAGAGGAAUCUUAUCAUUCACGCCAUUUCAAACCGUGGGACGCACGAAAAGAGACAGCAGUCACAGGCAGCAAACAUCAAUCCUCCACGCAACGCGGAUGACGGGGGUCGUGUGGGCAUGUCUUUUCCACGUGGCUCCACACGCGGUGGCAUGGGGCGUGGUGUAAGCCGUGGUGGUCGUGGCGGAGGCAGCAUAAACAACAACAGCAACAGUGAGACGAACACCUCGUUCCCGGGUCGUCAACGUGCGUGCAACCACUUCUUUUCAGGAGAGUGCAAGUUCGGUGACCGCUGCCGCUAUAGUCAUGACAAGGAAAUUUAUGAUAGGGAAAUGGCGGAAAAUGGGCCUCGGCGGCCUAACGAUUCUGUUAGCAAGCCGAAAGACUACUCUGAGGUCUGUGAAAUUCCUACGCAUCGCAUCAAGUUUUUACUUGCUAAGAAGGCUGAACGUCUCAAGCAGAUUCACAUCCAAAAUCAUACACACAACGAACCAUUUAAGCGCGUCGACUCAAACGUUGAGAAGUUUGAGUUGGUAGUGUACGGUCCUGACCCUCAAUCUGUUCUGCAGUCAAAGAAGAUGAUUCUUUCAUACGUUGGUGUGACAAAACAGGAAGAGCAAAAGAGUCGCUUGCAGUACACAAUCAAUGAACUGAGCAGUAAUCAGCACGCGGCCAAGCUUCUAGCUGCUUGCAAUAUCAAGAACGAGGGGACCGCCCGUGAACUCUCGGAAGAGACGUUAAAAAGCAUUAUUUCCUUUUUCCGUUUUGAGAAGCAACAGGACGUUCGUCACUUUUAUUUGAACGUCAACCACGACCGUGUCAAACUGGAUAAGGUGGCCAAAAUAGUAGCCCAGUUACGGGGCGUUCAGGCCAUCAUGUUCAGCGAUCAGAAGCGUGUGAUGGAGAUGAGUAAGGUGGCCUCAAAGAUUGCACGCUUUUUCAAUGGUGUGACACCACUGUUUUUGCAUCGUGAAAUUCCAAAGGAGGAACGCAUGCGAAUUCUCCAGGAGUUCAAGGAUGGUGAGGAGAAUGAGAGUGGCAUUCGCGAGCGCCUGCUCAUCACCAAUGAGGACUAUGCAAAACUGGCACGAAAAACUCUUAUUCCGUACGUUAACCUUGUCAUCAACUACGUGGUACCACGGACAGAGGAGUACUACCUACUUCAGUCACUCGUAGCGGGACGCAGUGACACAGUAGGGGUUUCUAUUCUCUGCGUUAGUCCAUACGAUCAGUCCACUUUCCACGAACUGCAGCAAAAAAUUGUAUUUACGGCAAUUGAAGAGGAGAGCGAUUUUAUGGAGACGGCGGUACAGCUGGUGUAUGACACGACAGCGAAUCCACUGACUGACGAAGACGCCGAUCCACCAAGGGACUGGAAGGAGAAGUUGGAGAAGAAGAAUGCAUCCGCCUAG